GUAUCAGGGGCGGGCAUGAGGAAAAGCAACUACAUCAUCCAUCACUACUACUACUACUAGUUCCCUAUUUUCAUGUCUGCAGCCGGUUUAGCUUACAAAUUUGCAAACGCUAUUACGUUGACUCGCCCUUUCCGCAUUCUCUCCUCCUCCUUCUCUCUCCUAUCGCCGUCCUCUUCUUCCAGCCGCCUUUUUAAUCGCACUAUAACAUCAUCAUUUUCCAUGGCGGGUGAAGGAAAUUCCAAGCCCAAAUCUGGUGGUAAGAAGAAGGAGGUUAAGAAAGAGACUGGGUUAGGGUUAACUCAUAAAAAGGAUGACAAUUUUGGGGAAUGGUACUCUGAGGUUGUUGUUAAUGCUGAGAUGAUAGAGUAUUAUGACAUUUCUGGAUGUUACAUUUUGAGGCCGUGGACUAUGGCUAUUUGGGAGGCUAUGCAAGAAUUUUUUGAUGCUGAAAUCAAGAAAAUGAAGAUAAAGAACUGCUACUUCCCUCUGUUUGUAUCACCCGGUGUGCUGCAGAAGGAAAAAGACCACAUUGAGGGUUUUGCCCCAGAGGUUGCGUGGGUGACCAAGUCUGGACAAUCUGAGUUAGAAGUGCCAAUUGCUAUCCGUCCCACAAGUGAGACUGUUAUGUAUCCAUACUAUUCAAAGUGGAUCAGGGGACAUCGUGAUUUGCCCUUACGACUGAAUCAGUGGUGCAAUGUUGUCCGUUGGGAAUUCAGCAAUCCUACUCCUUUCAUCCGGAGUCGGGAAUUUCUCUGGCAAGAAGGUCAUACUGCUUUUGCUACACAGGAAGAAGCAGAUGCCGAGGUUCUCGACAUAUUGGAACUCUACAGGAAAAUAUAUGAAGAAUAUUUGGCUGUUCCUGUUAUCAAGGGCAAAAAAAGUGAAAUGGAGAAGUUUGCUGGUGGAUACUACACAACUAGUGUUGAGGCUUUUAUUCCCAACACUGGACGUGGAGUACAAGGUGCAACCUCACACUGUUUAGGUCAAAAUUUUGCAAAGAUGUUUGAAAUCACUUAUGAAAAUGAGAAAGGAGAGAAAGCAAUGGUGUGGCAGAACUCAUGGGCGUACAGUACUAGAACGAUUGGGGUCAUGGUGAUGACACAUGGUGAUGACAAAGGCCUAGUUUUGCCUCCAAAAGUUGCAGCUGUUCAAGUCAUAGUGGUGCCUGUCCCUUUCAAAGAUGCAAAUACACAAGGAAUCUUUGACGCAUGUUCUAAUACCGUAAAAAUAUUGAGUGAAGCAGGUAUUCGGGCUGAAGCAGAUCUUAGGGAUAACUAUUCUCCAGGUUGGAAGUACUCACAUUGGGAGAUGAAAGGUGUUCCUUUGAGACUUGAGAUUGGACCAAAGGAUUUAGCCAAUAGUCAGGUUCGUGCUGUUCGACGUGACAAUUCGGCGAAGAAGGAUCUGCCAAUGGCUAAUCUGGUUGAUGAGGUCAAAGAACUUCUGGAUGCAAUCCAGAAGAAUUUGUAUGAUCUUGCAAAGGAAAAGAGAGAUGCAUGCGUUCAAAAGGUUAGGACAUGGGAUGAGUUUGUUGAGGCCUUGGCUCAGAAAAAGCUGAUCUUUGCUCCUUGGUGUGAUGAAGAGGAAGUUGAGAAAGACGUCAAAGCUCGAACAAAGGGUGAGAUGGGAGCUGCCAAGACUUUGUGCUCACCAUUUGACCAGCCAGAGAUGGAAGAAGGUACCCUUUGCUUUGCAUCCGGAAAGCCAGCUAAGAAGUGGACGUAUUGGGGCAGAAGCUACUAAUUAUAAUCUGCAAAUGCUCUUACCUGUAAUUUUUACAUGAAAGAUGCCACUCGCUACUCAAGAUACUGUGCAUUUCUUCAAAUACAAUCAUAUUAUAGAUAGGUCUUUUGGAGUAUUUGUAUUUUUGACACUACAAGAAUUGAAUGAUUUUUGUCUCGGACUUUGUAGAGCACAUCACAAUACAUUCCCAUCUAAAGUGGUUACUUGUUGAAGAGUUUUGAACAUUUAACGAUAUAUGUUAGGAGUUCAAUUUUUGUU